CCGAAUUCCGAUGAAUGCAGGGUCCCGUCGACGAUCGGGAGCCUAACACACGUGUGCGUGUCAAUUGACGGCGACGCACCCCACGGAUUCCGAGGCGCUGGGUCCUGGGACUUCUGGCCCAAGUUGUCAGGCAGCAACUCUCGCGAUGUUCGACUGCCGUUAAUUAUGGCUAACGUAGAGUGUGCGACCGGAUUUGAGUCUGAGAUAUUUUGAUCCGGUCUACGACAACUUGCAUGUGGGUACAAGAUUUCUUCAGUCAACUGCCCCCGAUUACCGUUCAACCAUUCCUUGUGUUGCGCUUGUUCGGGAGGCAAUCCUUUAUUGCGGUGAAGCAAAGUUCCCAAGAUAGAAGGCAUGCCUGCCCAUGAUAGCAUUGGCACUUUCCUCCACAAAUCUCCGGACGCCCUUGCCAAAUGGAGUUGCCGUGCAAAGGCAGUUGCGACUGAGCAAAGGUUGAACUUUCAACCUCCAUUUUGCCCAACAAAAGAUUCCCACUCAACUACUCAAGACAAAUUGGAAUCCCUCACUCCCUUCGUCAGCCGCUGGACUCAAGACGGACGCCGUUGUCGCUAUCACCUUGAAGUCGAGAAUCUUGGUGGUGUUCAAAUUCUCCCAUUUCUGAUCGAGUCAUCUCCGACCGUCGGAUUUCAAAUUGAGGCGAGGACGGCGAUCGAGGACGGCGAUCGCUCGGACCGUCAAGCGACGGCAAAAGAUACCGAGAAGACCGCUCAGUGUGCCAGUUGGUUACCCGAACUAACAGGUGGAACCACGCAAACAAGAAUGGUCCGGGAAAAGAAGACAGUUGAUCGGGCAAACCGAGGGGAAGCUGGACGUGUUCGUGGAACGUGGCUUCUGGGCUCGUCGGCUAGGUAAUAGCGCUGUUUUGUUCGCCGCUCUACCCCAAAAUGAUGCUUG